AUGUCUAAGAAAGAGGACCCUGUGCCCGGUAACAAGUCAGUAAUCCUGGCUUACGUGCUGUGGCUCUUUAGUGGUAUAUUUGGAGUGCAUCAUUUUUACUUGCGAAGAGACAGGCAUGCUUUCGUUUGGUGGUCUACACUUGGUGGAUUUGGCGUUGGGUGGCUUGGUGAAAUAUUCCGGAUACCUCGAUACGUACGGGACGCCAAUGAAGAUCCUCAGUACAUGCUUCAGCUCUCAAUGAGGAUGAGCAAAAACAGCAAGCCCCCAUUUUCGAUGAAUCGCUUUACGGGUAUGCUUAUGGUCGGAUACUCCUGGGGGCAGAUGAUGCUGUAUGCAGUUCCUCCUGAUGAAAUCUGGGGCAUCAACUUCAGAUACCUUAACUACUUGAUUCCAUUUGCAGCUGCUCUCGGUGUGUGGACAGUGGGCAACAUUGGCAGAGAGCAAGGCAGUCUGAAGUGGCCUCUGGCGGCGGCAUACGUGACGUAUUUCACGCGUUACUACAUCUACGAUGAGACCAUCUGGUUCACUCUCAUGGUGCUUGCUUCGGCGCUUGCAUUUGACUCCUUUUCCAAGGAGUGGCGUAAAAAGAAACCCAAGAAACAUCAUGUUGUGAGCCGCAUAGCCAUCUUAGCCGUGUGUGCUUGCCUCUACCUGUCGCUGUGGGUCAGCUAUCUUUACUUCCAAGGCAUCAUCACCGACAGCGAUGGAAAUGAAGUACCCAUCUACGAAGCGUUUGAACACUUCUUCAGCAGUCCUUGGUGGUUGGACGCGAAGCAAUGUCUGUACGAUACUUACCAGUACGCGCAGCAUCACGGCUGGUACGAGGUGUGGAAGCAAAUCAUAGAUCUGUCAGAUCCGCAUGGGGAACAAAACGCUUACAAGGUCCUCGGGCUCGGUCCGGAGUCGAGUCAGCAAGAGAUAACUUCCACCUGGCGUCGCUUGUCCCGGGAGAACCACCCCGACAAGGUGAAGGAUGAGUCGCAGCGCCGCGCCGCGCAGGAGCGCUUCAUGGAGAUACAGCAGGCCUACGAGAUACUGUCGAACAGCAAGCACAGGAGAAACCGGCGCAACAAGAAAGACAACACUGACAAAGAGAGAGCUCGUCACGACGAAAUGUAGUAAGUCGGUCUAGUAAGACUGUUUGCUCAAAUAUAUUGUAUUUUUAGGUAUUCUAUUUAUCUCGAAUUUAUUUAAAGUCUUUGCAUAUAACGACUUGUAGCUUGCGUCUUCCAAAAUCGUUUAAAAAGUGUUUUAGUAGAAAUAAAAAAACACGCACAAAUCUCAGUAAAAGCUUCCAGUUAUGUAAGUCGCAGUUAUUUGACUAUUUUAAUCAUAAAAUGUCCUUUUAUAUUUCUAAAAUCUCAAUCUCAACUUGUGACUCUUUUUGGUUAGGAUUUCUAAAAUCUCAAUGUCAACUUGUUUCUACUUAUAUUUUUAUUUGUUUUUCAAUCCCUUCUUAUUAACACGCUUUUUAAUUUGUGCAUUCCGUUAUCAUAUAAAGAUACAUAUCGACUUUUAGAAAGACGCCAAAAUAUGUUAACCCGUAAUAUCGCGGCAAUGCUGUUGCUGCUAUAUUUUGAACCUCACUGCUCUGUCUUGAGGUCCAAACUAAGUUUGCAGUAAGUUCGUAACUGUAGAAGGUUACAAAUUGAUUGUCAGGUAAAUAUUGUGUUUUAAUUCGUAUCUUAAGUAAGUGUCAUAUCGACGUUUUUUGAAGAAAAAUCACGUUACUCCGAGAAAGCUUUUCUAGUCUAGUGUCUUUCUCAAGUUGAAUUGAUAUUACGUUGUAAUAGAUGUCGCAUUUAAAUUAUGCAUUUAUUACUAAAACAAUUAACAUCAUUAUUAGAUUCGUGCAAUGAGAAUAGUUUAGUUAAACUUUAGUCUAAUCAUGUACUUAAAAUAUACUUUUUGCAUUUACCAUACCAAAUGUAAAUUAUUAUUACUAAAAUUAAAAUAAGUUUCAUAACAUUUUUAAACCUUAAAAGACGUAGCACAUUUAUCAACCCGGAAAGGGAUCGUAACCGUAUCAACUCGAGGUGGUCAGUAUUCAUUGUAUGAAAUUUCAUACCGCAACGCACACUUAUCCGUAUCGUAACGUAAACGCCUCGCCUCGCGAUUAACAUCGCGCAAAAGGCGAAGACAGUUCGCGAAAGGCAAUACGGUGUUGACCCCUUUCCGAGUUGAUAAGUCUGCUAUUACCAUAAACUGUAACAUAAUCGUAAUUGCAUAUUUCUGAUAAUACGUAAUUUAAAACAGUAUUCUCGGUAAAAAUAUAUUUCAUCGCUUGCGUAAUUCCAGUUAUGUCGUAAGCGAUGUUAAACUCAUUUUGAAAAUAUUUAUACAAAAAUAUUUAAAAAAUUGCAGAUGUGUUAACUCUGUAAUAUUAUUUAUUAUUAUGAACGAACUAAAGUUAUUUAUAUUUUGAAAGGUAAUUAAGUCUCGUUUUAUAACCA